AUGGCAAGCAUUAUCGAGGCAUCCUCAACUUUGAGGAAAAGAAAGCACCUAAAAAGAGGUAUUAAUUUCACCGUUAUGGUGGUGGGACAAUCCGGUACUGGUAGAUCCACAUUCAUCAAUACGUUAUGUGGACAACAAGUUGUUGACGUCUCUACAACCGUAAUGCUACCAACUGAUACCUCUACUGACAUUGAAUUGCAAUUGAGAGAGGAGACUGUCGAAUUGGAAGACGAUGAAGGCGUUAAGAUACAGUUAAAUAUCAUUGACACGCCAGGAUUCGGAGAUUCGCUUGAUAAUACUCCUUCAUUUGAAUUGAUUUCUGACUAUAUCCGUCAUCAAUAUGACGAAAUUUUGUUAGAAGAAUCAAGAGUGAGAAGAAAUCCGCGUUUUAAAGAUGGUAGAGUACACGCUUGUCUCUACUUGAUCAAUCCAACAGGACACGGACUGAAAGAAAUUGAUGUAGAGGUUAUGAGACAGUUGGGACCUAUCGUCAAUGUGAUCCCUGUUAUCAGCAAAAGCGAUUCAUUGACGCCAGAGGAAUUGAAGUUGAACAAAAGGCUCAUUAUGGAUGAUAUUGACAAAUUCCAGUUACCUAUAUAUUAUUUCCCCUUUGACGAGGAUGACAUUUCUGAUGAGGAUUACCGUACAAACACUUAUCUACGUUCAUUGACACCAUUUUCCAUCAUUGGAUCCAAUGAUGUGGACGAGUUACCGGAUGGGACAGUGAUUAGAGGUAGAAAAUACCCAUGGGGUACACUGGACGUAGAAGAUGCAUCGAUUUCUGAUUUUGUCGUACUGAGAAAUACGCUAUUGAUAUCCCAUCUACACGAAUUAAAGGAUUAUACACAUGAAAUUCUUUAUGAAAGGUACAGAACGGAGGCACUGUCAGGAGAAUCUGUGCCUCAUACCAGGUCUUCAUCCAGAACAAAUGAUGUGGAUUCGAGACGUGGUGCACCAUCACAAAGUUACGGCACACAACAACAACACGCUAAUGGCAGCGAUCAUACACUCCCUCCCAGUAAUAAUGAAUCUGCCCCUCAUCGUCAAGAAUCUAACUCUCAAGAUACAUAUUUGGCCCGUGAAGAACAAAUAAAAUUAGAAGAGGAAAGGUUAAGAGCCUUUGAAGAAAGAGUGCAGCAGGAACUGAUUUACAAAAGGAAAGAAUUGUUAAUGAGAGAACAAGAAUUAAGAGAUAUCGAGGACAGGCUCGAGAAAGAGGCGCGCAUGAAGCAAGAGCUAGAUCUCUAG